UUCCUGUCUUGUGGAUCUGGGCGAGAAUCAUUGUUCAACUUUUCUAAAACUGAAGUCAGUGAGAGGUUCAAUUUUCUGUUAGUAGAAAGUGCUGAAUGUUCUUUAUUGUUCAUUACUUUCUUACUUCUUAAAAUUUUCUGAAAUGUUGAGUUUGUGGGUUCUGUUGGUUAAAUUGUUUGUUCAUCUCUGUAUUUUGAGCUGAAAAUUCUAAAUCGUGAGAUAAUUUUUUGUACCAUGUGCCUCUUAACUGAGACUACUUUACUGAGAGUACUUGAAAUCUGAAGUAUUUUCUAGUGUUCUGAUUGUUUAUGUCAUAUUGCCUAAAUGAGUGCUUCAAUCUCAAAUGUUGUCUUGUGACCUGGUAUAUUAUCUUGUGUUGCCUAUGUUUUUCUUGACUGAGUUCUUUGAAUGUUAUAAUUUUUAUAUGAUUUGAGGCAUUAUCUUGGACUCUCUGUGUUUUAAAAAGCUUGUGAUAAUUGGUUGAGUCUGUUUGGCCAGACUGUUUGGUUGAGUCUGUUUGGCCAGACUGUUUGGUUGAGUCUGUUUGUCUAGACUGUUUGGUUGAGCAUUAAGUUGAAUAUUUUUGUUCAAACCUCUAUGGAGGAACUAAGAUCAAUGGUCAUUGACCUUUGCUGUGGAUUCAACUUCACUACAAGGGGUACUGCUCGGGCCCUAGAGUGUUGUUGCAUGCACCAACACAAGCUCUUGUUAAGUUGGAGCAGCCCAUUGCAGGCCAAGAAAAGGAGCAAUUGGAAGAGAUUCUCACUUUAUUUUUAUACUACUCAGGCUAUUAAAAAGGGUCGAGAUCCAACACCAAGUGUGUUGCAUUUGCACGUCCAUACACAUGGUAAUGAUGGAACAUCUUUUGUUGCCCUGAAUCGUACAUGAGAAAUUACAACAACAAACACAAACUCAAUCUGGUAUUGAUCAGUGUAAAGUAUAUUAUCAAGUCGUGGGAGGAGAAAAGAAAAGAAGAGUAUAUGGUCUUGGAUCGCAAGCAAAAUGCUACUACGGGCCAAAUCUUCAUGGCUCUUUUGGAUCUGAUGCUACAUCGUCAACAACACCUCCAAAUUCUCAAUCAACACCGACAGGGUAUCUGGAUGAGUUAGUGAUGCGAUUGAUUCCUACACUGAUAGAUCAUAUAGUUCCUGUAAUCGUUGAGCGGGUACGCGAAUUAGUUUCCUUACCCUCGCAUAAGCCAAAUACUGAUCUGGCACCUACAGUUCCAACAUCUUCUGCUGCUGCUAACAUUGAUGAGGUUCAUGCAUUGAGUUCUGAUGAUGACCGCUCUCCAGCCUAGCAUAGUUAACUUACUUUGUUUGGACAUUAUUGUUGGUCCUUGUGGAUAUUGUGUACUUAAUGAUACUGUUAUAUGCAUUAUGCUAUAUAUUUUGGAUCUUGUUGAAUAUAUUGUUAAUUUAUAUUAAUAUCAGUGACUUUUUAUUAA